AUGGCUCUAAGGGCAAAGUGGACAUCAAAAUAUGAGAAGGCAUUAGUGGAUAUACUUAUGGAGUAUAACGUCUCCCACUAUCGAGGUCAAAAUGGAUGGUGUACAGAGGGGUGGAAUAAAAUAGUGAGAGAGUUCAACAAGUUAUUUCCAGAAGCUAAGUUUACCAAGUCUCAAAUUCAAGAUAAAGAGACCCAAUUGAAAAAAGACUUCAAAGCAAUUAAAUCAAUUAAAAGUCGUAGUGGCUUUUCUUGGGACCAUAAUGCAUCGAUGAUUAAAACCACACCUGAAAAAUGGGAGGAGGUCAUUGAGGAAGAUCCAAAGUUGAAGAGGUAUGAGAACAAAAGUUUCCCAUUGUUCGAGUCAUUGGAUCACUUGUAUGAAGGUCAAUGUGCUGAAGGAAAGCAUUGCUUUACCUCAAGUAAUCCCAGCCAUGGUGACCUUAGGGGCAAAGGCAAAACACUGGCAAACACCACAGCUAGGAAGCGCUCAUGGGAUGGAUGUGUUAGUGAGGAAGCUCAGGGAACUGGAUGGCGUAGCUUAGAGGUUACUCGUGAACAAGAUGAAGAGGAAUAUACUGUCCACUCAGUCCAAAGGCAAGAGGACAUUGGUCGUAGUUUUGGGAAUAUGGCUAGACAAAGUGGAGAUGAUGACCUGUCAGAUGAAGGCGAACCUGAUAUAGAACAUCAGCAAGAACGUGGUGAACAAGCAAAGGCAAGACGUGAUGCUCUUGGAUCGCACAAAAGGAAAUCCAAUAAACAAGGGGCUCCUAUACCACGUGUUGAAGAGACAAUGUCAGCUUUUCUUAAUCUGAAAAGAGAACAAGUUAGAUCCCAGAAACAAGCAUCAAAGGAAGGAAAGGAAUUCUCGAUUGCAUGUUGCUUUGAAGUGUUGCAUUCUAUGGAGGAUUUAUCUGAUGAUAUCAAGGUCAUGGCAUCCGAUGUUUUCAAAGAUCCAUUGAACCGAGAAAUGUUCAUCCGUUAUGAGCCUAGACUGCGUAGCUUAUGGUUGAAGAAAGAGGUGAACAAACUUGGGUCUUUGGGCACUUCAAUGUCGAGUUCCCAUAUUUGAGCUCACAAGAUUUUAUUUCAGAUGGAUGAUGAGUCGGCAGCAGCAGUAGUUGUAUUCAAAAUCAUGUUUGCCAGCAAUCACUACUCAAGCAUAUGGCACUCAAUGCAAGCAUUUGGGACUUUAGGACAUUCAAAGUGUUAGGAGUAUUUCACAAUGUUGGUGUGGUACUGUAGUGUGUUAGGAGUAUUUCACAAAGUUGGUGUCUUUUUUGAAAUAGACGUUGAUGCCUUGUGUAAUCUGUAAUCAAGUUGAUGUAUUCUUCUUUUUCUUGAAAUGGAGUUUUUGGUGUUGUUUUCGUCAUGUUAGAUGUGGAUGAGGGGUCAAAUAUUUUUGUUAAAACUUGUUUUGAAAUUUCUAAAUCACUUGUGUACUGCAUAUGCUUGGUAUGCAUAAGCAGCUAUGGGUUGGAGUCUCGUCUUGUUUUUUA